UAAACAUGCAAAGUGGGGAAGUCAAUGAGAGAUAUCUCACUGGAAAAAGGUUUUGUAUGGAUUUUUCCAUGAUCAAUGGAGCUUUCUCCGGCGUUAAAAAUAGAUAUGGCUACGCCCAAGUGGUUGAUUCCGUCGCAAGCUCUGCCUCAGGCAUGCUCAAAUAUAAUGGUCUAGCCAAGCUACACUUUGAAGAACCAGCUGAUGUUUCUUUGAGAAGUGAAGGCCAAUUAGAAGAGGCAAUAAAGUUGGAAACUCACAUGUUUGAGGAGAACAGCUUUUGCACUGGAGCUUCUUUUGUCCCAAAACAAGGGGGUUUUGAAGAAGAUGAUGGAUGGCUUAUCACUUUUGUUCACAAUGACGAUACCAACAUAUCUCAAGUUUAUGUGAUCGAGACAAAGAAGCUUUCCAAUGAGCCUGUUGCCAAAAUUACAUUGCCCUGUAGAGCUCCAUACGAAUUUCAUGGAGCCUUUAUGCCAAUCUCAUCACCCACUUAUGAUUAG